UUAUGAAAAUCAUCAAAAUUUUCACAGAAAAUGUGUUUUCUUGCUAAUCCACUGAUGAAGUUUUUCGCAAAAAAAAACAUCGGCCUAUGGAUAGGUUUCCAAUGACGUCGCCACAGUCCUUAGCAAAGCAAAGCAAAUUUCUUUGUAGAGCUCAUUUCAUACACGAGGUAACUCAAUGUACUUUACAUGAUUAAAGGUAUUUCAAAACAAAGAGAUAAAACAUAUAAAAUGGGAUAAAAACAAUAAAAAAUGACAAUCACAAUAUUGAAAAAAGGACAAUUAAAACUGCAUACAGUGCAAAUAUGAUCAAAAAGUGGAUAUAUUCUAAAAAGCACGAGAAGAAAAAAGUUUUCGACCUGGAUUUAAAAACAUUCACACUUGGGGUUGACCUCACCUCUGUCGGCAACUUAUUCCAUUUGUGUAAAGCAAAUGUGCGUGCGAUUAGACCAAUCGGAUAAAUUAAUGAUUAAAAAAAAAACUUCACGCUUAACCUAUCAACUGUGUUCUCUGACCUCUAUGACACACAAGAUGGUGUAAUUGGAAACACAUCCAUAAAGGUGAAGCAGAGCGUGAACAGUAAACAACAACAACCGUAAACAAAACUUUGUUCAAGUGAAUUAAGGUCAUCAGAUAAUUAAAAAAAACUUGACAAACAAACUUUAACAGUGUCAAAGUAAAUCUUUUUAAUUUACGCGUGGAAUGUUUUCUCACAACCACGAAAUCGGAGAUUAACGCAAUUAAUCGCUGUCGCUGCACAGGUCAGCAUGCUUGUUUUGGGAGUAUCAAGAUGGCGGAUGGCGAAUUCAGUUUUGGCGGCCGAUGAGCCAAAAGUUUUUUUUUUUUGGUUUGUUUUAGAUCAGUGGUCGCAAAGUUAGUCUCAGGACAGCCGGGACGAGGGCUAAAAAACGAUGCGCACGCGGGGAGCCCCUGUCGACAGACGCCGGUACCGCACCGGCUGAGGCCGACUCCUCCGGCGUCCUCGUCUCGUUGAAAGCGUCGCGCGCAGGCGGAGGCGGCCGGCCAGUGUUGUCGACGAGCCCGUUUCGGCAUCUUUCUGGGGGGUGCUCCCUGUUCCCCCCCCCCACCACCACCACCACCACCACCACCACCACCAACCUCCUCCUCCUCCUCUUUCUCCAGACUGCGUAAGGCUUCCCCCCCCCCCCCCUCCCUCCCCGGUUGGAAAGGAGAAAAGUGGAGCUCCGGUGCGGCGAAGAGGCGGUGGCGGCCAAGUGUCCUCGAUGGCAGGCUGGAAGGACGGCUCGGUGCAGGAGAAGUACCGCUUGGUCGUCGUCGGAGGCGGCGGGGUGGGCAAGUCGGCCCUGACGAUCCAGUUUAUUCAGUCGUACUUUGUCACGGACUAUGACCCCACGAUCGAGGACUCGUACACCAAGCAGUGUGUGAUUGACGAAAGGGCUGCGAGGCUGGACAUUCUGGACACGGCGGGGCAGGAAGAGUUCGGGGCCAUGAGAGAACAAUACAUGAGGACAGGGGAGGGCUUCCUGCUCGUCUUCUCGGUCACCGACAGAGGAAGCUUCGAAGAAAUCUACAAAUUCCAAAGACAAAUCCUGCGCGUGAAAGACAGAGAUGAAUUCCCGAUGAUCCUCGUAGGGAACAAAGCCGACCUGGAACUGCAGAGACAAGUAACCCAAGAAGAGGGCCAGCAGCUGGCCAGACAGUUGAAGGUCACGUACAUGGAGGCGUCGGCCAAAAUUCGAAUGAACGUCGACCAGGCUUUCCACGAGCUGGUUAGAGUAAUUAGAAAGUUCCAGGAACAGGAAUGUCCACCGUCGCCGGAACCUACGAGGAAAGAGAAAGACAAGAGCGGCUGCCACUGCGUGAUCGUCUGAGUCGGCCUCAUCACUGUAACCCCGUGCGGCUCCCCCCCCCCACCCGUCGGCCCCGCCCACUCCGCCUAAACAUCGCAUCCCGACGUUGGAUGACGUACCGCUGCCUUCUCCAUCACGUGCAUGAUUGCAGACAGCCCCCCCCCCCCUCCCCCCAUCCUCACCCCUACUUCUGGGAUACUCGGACUCUCGGGGUCGCCGCGCCCAGGACGCGACUACGGACGUGUGACAGUUGCCAAAAUUGAAAACAUAAAAAAAAUAAAAACAAAACACCACUCUACCUUCAGCCAUAGCCCGAUUUACACGACUAAACAUUGCCUUUUAAGAUCCGACCGACCAAUUCACGUUUUGUACGCGGAAAGGACUUCUCUUGCCUUGUAGUGAUUUGUACUUACUGCCGAGAUUGAAUGAAACAAACAAACAAAAAGAUAUAUAUAUAUAUAUAUAAUAUAUAUAUAU